CUUCGGAACUCCUCUAAUGUUUUGUAGAACACGUGCUCCGUAAAUAACAAUGGCGGAAAGCGAACACAAGAAGAAAAAGAGGAAGAGUGGAGCAAUUGAUGUUGCAGAAGCUCAACACUCGGAGAAUUUUCUUCUGAAGCCCUCCACUGUUGUGGAACAAUUGGACACAUCACAAUGGCCACUGCUACUCAAGAAUUUUGACAAACUGAAUGUGAGGACUGCUCACUAUACCCCCAUUCCAGCAGGUUGUUCUCCAUUGAAAAGACCAAUACAGGAAUAUAUCAAAAGUGGCUUUAUCAAUCUUGACAAACCAGCCAAUCCAUCUUCACAUGAGGUUGUAUCAUGGGUGAAGAGAAUCCUGCGGGUACAGAAGACGGGACACAGUGGGACCCUUGACCCUAAGGUCACGGGGUGCCUCAUUGUGUGUGUAGAGAGAGCCACUCGUCUGGUCAAGUCACAGCAAGGAGCAGGGAAGGAGUAUGUGUGUAUCUUCAAGCUCCACAGUGUAGUAGAUGAUGAAAAGCUUGUGGCACAGAAAUUAGAGAUGAUGACCGGGGCACUGUUCCAGAGACCACCUUUGAUUUCUGCCGUGAAGCGACAGCUGAGAAUUCGUACUGUGUACGAAUGCAAGAUGCUGGAGUACAAUAAGGAUGAUGCAAUGGGUAUCUUCUGGGUGAGCUGCGAAGCUGGCACAUACAUUAGGACAAUGUGUGUACAUCUCGGUCUCUUUCUGGGGGUCGGGGGACAAAUGCAGGAACUCAGACGAGUUAGAUCUGGUAUCAUGUCAGAAAAGGCAAACUUGUACACCAUGCAUGACGUGUUGGAUGCCCAGUGGAUGUAUGACCACCACAAAGACGAGUCUUAUUUAAGGCGGGUGAUCAACCCUCUGGAGGCGUUAUUAACAUCACAUAAAAGAAUCAUCAUGAAAGAUACAGCAGUGAAUGCUGUUUGUUAUGGAGCUAAAAUUAUGUUACCUGGUGUCCUAAGAUAUGAAGAUGGAAUUGAAGUAAAUGAAGAAAUUGUGAUCUUAACCACAAAAGGAGAAGCAGUUGCUCUAGCUAUUGCUCAGAUGACUACCGCAGUUAUGGCUACAUGUGACCAUGGAAUAGUGGCAAAGAUCAAAAGGGUUGUCAUGGAAAGAGACACAUACCCGAGAAAGUGGGGGCUGGGCCCAGUAGCAUCUCAGAAAAAGAAAAUGAUUCUAGCAGGAACUCUAGAUAAAUAUGGAAAACCCAAUGAGAAGACACCAGCCAACUGGAAAAAGGGUUACGAAGACUUCAAUGUGAAGAAAGAACCCAAGGAGGAACCUUCAACAGAAACUGUGGUCAACUCACACAAAAGAAAGAAGGAAGCCAGUACUUCCGAGGAGAGUGAGCCCCCUUCACCUCAGCCUGCUCCUGUACAAGAGGUGGAAAAGGAGAAAAAGAAGAAGAAAAAGAAGAAGAAGGACAAAAAUCAGGAAGCUGAUGAAGCAGGGGAUGCUCCAGAGGAAUCACCAGAAAAGAAGAAGAAAAAGAAAAAGCACAAGAAAUUAAAAACGGAGGCAGAAAGUGACUGAUUAACAGUGUGUGUGUGAGAGUGUGUGAAAUCAACAGUGUGUGAGAGAUGGUGUGAGAGAGAUUCAUGUGGCAUUUCUCAGUUUUAUCAACAAACUACAGACAACUAUAAAAAUGCUGUUAAACCUGGUACAUACAUUUAUAUAUAUACAUGUAGAUGGGACAGUGACCUGAUUGACCAGGUUAUGGAUACUUGAUGUGUUCAUAUUUUGUAUAUUUCUCUUUUAUAUAUGUUAAGAAUGAAAUGUGCUGUUAGUCUGUUAAUAAAAUUGUUUUCAUUCAUA